UGGUGUCUGCCUUCACAGCGGGCCUCGUUCCUCUGACCAUUCGCAGGAGAAGGUGAAUCCAGCCUCUGUUUGUCUGCUGCCAACCUGAUCGUCGAGCAUCACCAACGCCCACAAAGUAGCACUCUCCAGGAACUAAAGCUCGCUGCUAGAAGCCCCGCUGCCCCUCCGCACCCCCCGCCGGCUCCGUUGUUCAGUGCAGUGGUCGUGAUUUGGACCGGAGCCUUUAUAACCGUUAUCAGCUUUAGUCCUCUCAUGUAUCACAUGUACUGUACAAGUUAGCGACUUCUUAUCACUGUGCGGCUAGUCUCCCUCUUUGGACUGAUUCACUGCGACUGUUUGACUUCUACACGAAAAAUGGCAACCCAGAUCGAUAAAGAGGCUUGCAGAGAGGCUUACAACCAGGUCCGAGACGAUAACACGGACACCAACUGGGCUGUGUUUAAAUAUGAGGGCUCCAUGAUCCUGCCUGGAGGAACAGGGGCGGACUAUGAGGACUUCAAGGGCUUGUGCACAGAUGACGCUCGUCUGUUCGCCUUCGUCCGCAUCACGAUGGGAGACGCCAUGAGCAAACGGGCCAAGUUCACCCUCAUCACCUGGAUCGGGGAGAACAUCAGUGGGCUGCAGCGGGCCAAGGUCAGCACCGACAAGGCGCUGGUCAAAGAAAUCGUGCAGAACUUUGCCAAGGAGUUCAUGUUCAGUGACCCCCGGGAGCUGGAUGCUGACAACAUCCGCUCAGAGCUGAAGAAGGCUGGGGGGGCCAACUAUGACGCUCAGGCCGAGUAGAGAAGUGCCAUGUCCACUGGAGGGGUUGGGUGGGGGGUCCGUUGUGGUCAGGGUAGGGUGUGGUGGAAAAAGUGGGGCGGGGGGGGUUGGGACAAGGCUUCUACCUCUUGGGGAGAGAGCAAGGCAGGAUGAGGGGGGGGGCUUGACAAAGGGAAUGCACGCACAAACGAUCAGAGGUGCAGCAGUCAGUGGAACCAGUCACUCUAAUGCUGACUCAUAGCAACUCUCUAGAAAACUUCCAUUAUAUUUUCUUCACUAGUUCUACGUGUCCUCUCAACAGCAGCCUUAGAACAGAUGAGAACCAUCAGGUUACUGUAGUUACAGAGUGUAUCGGUACAGAUGCUGUUGGUGCACCUCUGAACAUCUGCAUAAGGGCGUUUAUAUACUUUGAACAGUGUGAGCUGCACUGCUCACCUACUUGUACACACAAAUAGAAAAAAGUACAUCCACAUCUAAGGACAGAUAAGGAGCACAUUGAAAUAUCUUCCUUGAGAACCUCACAUGUUGCCAACAUAAAGAAACGUUAACAUGGUUUCACUUAAGGACAUUACUGUAAUAACCCCAGAUAUAGAUGAAAAGAUUGACAGGACUUUUUGUCUUUAUGAUAAAUGGUUAGCAGCUGAUUAGCUUAGCACACAGAAAGGGAAAAGCUAGCCUGGCUCUGUCCAGAGGAACUACAUCUGCCUACCGCCACCUCUAGCGGUACCAAUCUCAUUUCAUGUCUUUUUUGUUUAAUCUUUACUAAAACUACAGUGUACAAAUGAAAACCUGAAGUCACUGUUCCUGACUUAGAAAUAGUCCUGCAUGUUACCCACUGGUAAAUGGCACAUUUACAGUUUUAUAACUGUUUUUUGUACCAUUUGAACAAAUGAGAUACACUGUAUUAAUAAAUUAACUUUAGAGGUGUUGGUGUAUGUCAUAACCAGGCUAACUCUUUCCCCCUAUUUUCAGUCUGUGUGCUAAUCCAAGCUAAUCAGCUGAAGCUUCACAUUGAACGGACAGAUAUGAGAGAGGUAUCAACCUGAUCAUCUGCCCUCAAGGAACAACAAGCUAGCCAUUUUCCCAAAAUGUCCAACUGUUCCUUUUAGGAUCUUAUCUAAAACGAUAUGCUAAAGGCAGCAUUCACUGGAGUUAAAAUCAGUAUAUAAGCGCUCUUAAAGAUCACAACCUGCCUCCCCCUCCCCCCGCCCUCUCCCCGGUGGUGUUUUACUGUGCCGUGCGUAACAUCUCAAACUCAUCCUCACCUCAGCCGGCUGCAGCUGAGCAAUACGAGGCUUCAGCACUGUUCGCUAGGAAUCAUCUCACGUAAUGAGGAUGAAGGGUUUCACUUUGAAAUGGCAUGUGGUGGUGAUGGAUCAUGUUGUUAAAAUUGGAAAGGAUAGAGGUGUCAUUUUGAAAGAAAACUCUUAACUGGCAGGCAUGUGUUUGCCACCAGAGCAUGCUCUUAGUCAUGAUACACUGUACCUCCAGGAGGAAGAGAUCUCCACUGGCUCACAUCCUUGGUGAUGGCUGCUGGCUCGCUUUGCGUAAUCUUGAGUCACAUUUAGCCUCCUCUUCAUUCUCAGCAGCUGUGUUUGGAUUACAGCUUCCAUCUGGUCCUGAGUCAGCUUGUAAUUCAGCCUGUCUGCACACCUGUGCUGUGAACUCCUCCUUUAAAAGUCCAAAUGUGUCUUUUUGUAAGUGUGAUCAUAUAUGGACCUUAUUUUGAUGUACUUCCUUAUUCCAGGUUUUGUUGGAUAUGAUCGAUGUUAGCAGUUCCUAGGGCUGGGGCAGAGUUUGUAGAAGAGUACAGGGCAAAGGGUAAGACUCUUGGAGGCUUCCUGCCUGUAGAUAUUAUGCCAUAGAAAUACAGAGAGCAACUUUUAUAUCGACCCGUCAGCAGCACUUGUAGUCAAGUAUUGAAUGUUUUCCAACAUAUCAAAGGAUUGUGAGGAUGGAGAUCUUUUCCUCUGGUGUUUCAUCUCACAUUGACCACUAAAGGUGUCCAUGCCUAUUGUAACCUUCUGUGUUUGGCUGCCUUAGCCUCCCAGGGAGAGAGGGGCAUUAUGGGAGCUUUUUAACUCACACUGUGAUUGGCUACCGUCCUUACAUAGUGGGUGGGACUCUGAUCUGCUCAUGGCUCAUUACAACGUGGGCCUGGGUUCAUCACCCCCCCCCCCCCCCCCCCCCCCCCAGGAGGAGUGUAGCAUCUCUGUUUAUUUGGUUUCACCUCUCUUCCCCCCUGCAAACAAAUUUGAUGUUUUUCUUGUACCUUUUAUGUUUUUGAGAUGAAUUUUUAUUUUCUAUGAAGAGUUUUACCUUAUGAUUUUAUUUUUAAGAGCAUUGUUAUCUUGGUCAUUGGCAAAAGAGAUUUUCAAAGAAAUAAUGCAAAAAAAAAAGAAAGAAAGUGGGCACAAGAUCAGUCAUUUCAAAAUAAAAAUUGAUGUUUUUUCCAAAA